UAAAAAAUAAAGAUGAAUAUUACUGGCGAAGCUAGGUUGGUCAACAGAGGAAAUGAGCAAGAGAGUGCCCCUUGAAGGAGUUGCUUUUAGCGGCAUCAACUGAAAACAAACCUCGAAAUAAAACCAUACCAGUCAAGAGACAGAGAUGGCUGCUUUGAUCAUAAUGGCAGAAGACGAACAACGGCAACCCCUUCUCCUCCAGAAUACUUCGCCUACUGAUCGGCGGGAACAAGAGAUCACACCUUCCUCAUCAUCCAACGAAGCGGAAGCGCCGCCGCCGCCUAAUCAACGGCUUAUAUCUCUUGACGUCUUCCGUGGACUCACCGUCGCGCUCAUGAUUUUAGUUGAUGAUGCUGGAGGAGCUUUGCCUUCCAUUAAUCACUCCCCAUGGUUUGGCGUGACACUUGCUGAUUUUGUGAUGCCGUUUUUCCUCUUUGGUGUUGGUGUUUCUAUAGCUUUGGUUUUUAAGAAAAUAUCUAGCAAACCAUUGGCAACAAAGAAAGUCAUACUAAGGACCGUGAAACUAUUUCUUCUGGGUUUAUUGUUGCAAGGUGGGUAUUUCCAUGGGUGUAACCAUUUAACAUAUGGGGUUGAUGUGGGCAAGAUACGUUGGCUGGGUGUGCUACAGAGGAUAUCAAUUGGAUAUCUUUUUGCUUCAAUAUCGGAGAUCUGGUUUGUGGACCAUAUCAUGGUGGAUUCACCUCUGGAUUUUGUGAAGAAAUACUAUGUACAGUGGAUGUUUUCUUUGUUACUCUGUUCAAUAUAUAUAUGCUUGUUAUAUGGCCUUUAUGUUCCAAAUUGGGAAUUUGAAGCUCCAAGCACAAAUCUGUUUGGUUAUGGAUCUGGUACUCAAACUGUGGUUUGUGGAAUGAGGGGAAGUCUUGAACCUCCUUGUAAUGCUGUUGGCCUGAUUGACAGAUUCUUUCUUGGUGAACAUCAUCUAUAUCAGCGGCCAGUUUACAGACGAACAAAGCAAUGUAGUGUUAACUCUCCUGACUAUGGACCUCUGCCACCAAAUUCACCUGCAUGGUGCCUUGCUCCAUUUGAUCCCGAGGGCAUCUUAAGUUCCUUGAUGGCUGCCAUCACAUGUUUUGUGGGGUUGCAUUUUGGGCAUAUACUUGUCCACUUUAAGGACCACAUGCAGAGGUUGUUUUUGUGGUCUAUGUCUUCUUUUUCUUUGCUGAUUAGUGGAUAUGUUUUGAAACUGCUUGGUAUUCCCUUCUCCAAACCACUGUAUACAUUGAGCUAUAUGUUCAUUACAGCAGGAGCAUCAGGCUUGCUUUUAACCAUUAUUUUUUAUGUAGUUGAUGUCAAGCAUUUUAGAAAGCCUAUGGUGAUACUUCAGUGGGUGGGAAUGAACGCGCUCAUUGUUUAUGCUCUGGCUGCCUGCGAACUUUUUCCCGCAGUCCUGCAAGGUUUCUAUUGGCGUUCACCUGAAAACAACUUGGUUGAUGGCACAGAAUGGCUGAUGCGGGCCAUACUCCAUUCGGAGAAGUGGGGAACCCUAGCUUUUGUAAUUGUGGAAAUCUUAUUCUGGUGCCUAGUUGCUGGUUUCCUACACUUGAAAGGUAUAUACGUAAGACUGUAAAGCCAUGUACGUGUUGCAUGUUCACUAUAACCAUGUAAACUUCAUAGUACACGGGUGCCACCUUUGAACAUAAUAGCAUUUACUCAACAUCGUCUUCCUUUCA